CGAGGCAUCACGACCAACUCUCAAGAUCAAUUUCUACUAGAAGAGCAGCUUGGGAAUUGUCUGCGCGACUGGCCUGAAGACUCUUCUUGUGCUACUCUGGCCUGGCCGGCAUAUGCUGCUCACCCUCUUGGCUGGCAGCCUCGGUCUCAAGUUACGCCUCUCGCCUCGACUGUCAGCUUCACUUGUGUCGCUGAUUCGAGGCGGGGAGGCGUCAGGUCUGCUGCCAGGGCGCUGCGAUGUGUCAUGGGAGUAGACCGUCGCGACGGAGGUGGGCUGACUCUCCGAGUUGCUGGACCGGGCUGUAGCCGGAUCGAGAAAAGGCUGGACGAGAGAUCGCGGGGAGUAGGACAAUCAAAUAACGCCCAGUUAUCGUUGGCCCAGCAACUGAGGCACGUUUGUCUCAUAUAUGCUCGAUUCCCUUGGCCUCAGCACACCGACAGAACAGUCUGA